ACAAGACGUACCGGCCGCGGCUACGGGCAUUCCGCGAGAUCGUGAUCCGGUAGCGCGACUGGUUCCGUACAAUACACGUCAACACUCCAGAGAUAUUUUUUUUUUUUUUCAAAAGCACUUUUCGAAUCCUUAAAUUAAAUACAAGUUUCUUCUUCGUUCCUGUCACUGACUGAUGGUUGAACAGGCAGAAUGUCGUCGGGUAGACAGCCGUCGGACGUGGUCAAAUGACAACUAGAAUAAAGUGUCUGGAGCGCUCAUGAGACAGUCGUGUCAUCGCCUGCUCGAACAUCAGCAAACAGGAGGGGACGAGCCCCCCCUAUACUCACCAAUCGAUCAAAUUUCAGUGGUACCUGAUCAUGUGGCCCGGCAGGGCGGAGGCAAGCUGACACGAUAUGCGACGACGGAGGAGGACGAAGCCACUCUCAGGGAGCUUCUACUUAGCCUUCAGAGACAGGUGAACGUGAUGAGCAUGAACCUGUCCGCAAAACUGGACGAGCUGCAGCGGGGCGACCGACAGCUGGAAACAACGGUCGCGCUCUGCGAGAUCAGGACUCAGCUCCAAGAGUUGACCAAGAGCGUGGAGUCAUGCCAGAGUGAAGUCUCCGAGGUCAAACGCGACAUGGUGGCCAUCAAGCAAGAGCUGGAUACGGUGCAACAGGUGAAGGAAGAGAUCGAAGAACUGCGAGAAUAUGUCGACAGACUUGAGGAACACACUCAACGAAGAAAACUCAGGCUGCUCGAACAGGGCCUCACAUUCUUCCUGUCAUACGCUAUCCUAGCGGCGGUGUUGGGGAUGCUGCAAUUCGGAUACAACACCGGCGUAAUCAACGCUCCUAGCAAAAACAUCGCAAACUUCAUGAAGGACGUUUAUAAGAAGAGAUACGGCAUAGAUUUGCACGACGGCACCGUCAACUCAUUGUUCUCGAUAGCGGUCAGCAUCUUCGCUAUCGGGGGAAUGCUCGGGGGUUUCUCGGGUGGCAUGAUUGCCAACCGUUUCGGAAGGAAAGGAGGAUUAUUGCUCAAUAACAUUCUCGGUAUAAGCGGCGCGAGUCUCAUGGGCUUUACCAAGAUCUCACAUUGCUACGAAUUGCUCAUCUUCGGCAGAUUUAUUAUAGGUGUCAAUUGCGGUUUGAACACAUCCUUAGUGCCAAUGUACAUAUCGGAAAUCGCUCCGCUGAAUCUCAGAGGCGGUCUGGGAACUGUCAACCAACUAGCCGUUACCGUUGGUUUACUCAUAUCGCAGGUUCUAGGCAUCGAACAGAUUCUUGGUACAGACGAAGGAUGGCCGAUUUUACUAGGUCUUGCGAUAUGCCCAGCUAUAUUACAACUCCUCCUACUCCCGGCUUGCCCUGAAUCCCCUAGAUAUUUACUCAUCACCCGCCAAUGGGAAGAAGAAGCGAGGCGUGCCCUAAGGAGACUACGAGCUAGUAAUCAGGUCGAAGAGGAUAUUGAGGAAAUGAGAGCAGAAGAACGAGCACAGCAAGCAGAGGCUUCUAUUUCUAUGCGAGAAUUGCUCUGUUCUCCAACACUACGAGCCCCACUUUUGAUCGGAGUUGUCAUGCAGCUCUCCCAACAACUUAGCGGUAUCAAUGCGGUGUUCUACUACUCGACGUCUCUGUUCACCUCUUCGGGUUUGACGGAAGAAUCAGCAAAGUUCGCAACGAUGGGUAUAGGAGCGGUCAUGGUGGGGAUGACAUUGGUGUCCCUGCCCUUAAUGGACAGAACUGGACGUCGCACGCUGCAUCUCUACGGGCUCGGCGGAAUGUUCAUAUUCUCCAUUUUCAUCACGAUUUCCUUCUUGAUAAAGGAGUUCUUUGGCUAUGUGCAGGAAAUGAUCGACUGGAUGAGUUACUUGUCGGUGGUGUCGACGCUCAGCUUCGUGGUUUUCUUCGCGGUGGGCCCCGGCUCCAUACCCUGGCUCAUCACGGCGGAGCUCUUCUCUCAAGGACCACGACCUAGUGCUAUGGCUAUUGCUGUCUUAGUUAACUGGAUGGCCAAUUUCGUCGUCGGAAUCGGGUUCCCGAGCAUGAAGGCGCUGUUGGAAAACUACACGUUCCUACCAUUUAGUGCAUUCCUCGCAAUCUUUUGGAUAUUUACAUACAAAAAAGUUCCUGAAACUAAGAACAAGACCUUCGAAGAGAUAUUGGCAUUGUUCCGCAACACAAACGGCAGGGACAGUUUUCGCGAUAGUCGUCUCUACGGGAGCAUGAUGAACUGCGUCAACGCUCUGGAACAACAGCUGCCUCCCCCACCCCCGCCCGCUCCCGUCGACGAAAAACACGACUCAUUGUCAGAGCAGUCGUCGGGUGGGGGGGAGGCGGGACGCCCCCCGCCGCCGCUUCCGCCGCCGCGGUUUCCUGUCACGGGCAACGUCUGACAAUGGGAGACCCCUGCGCGUGCGCCCCUAGUCGCGCCGCUCAAGGCCGCCGCCAGCUUCUUGUUUCGUGGACUCAAGCGCCAAACGGGAGGGCGCGCCUCUAUCACUACCACACAACAAAUGUUCUAAAUCAAUGUGAUUAGGUUAAUAAAACGAAAAUUAGUCUUUAAGUCACAGCGUAAAAUUAAUAUAAAAAUUUAGUCGGUCAUUUUAUGGCAUAAUUUAUGAGUGCAUAGGUACCAUGUAAAGUGCCAUCGGUUUCUUGUACCCAUUUCUUUGAUUAGUUCUUCGCGUAUUACUAAAUACUACUAAAAGGCGCGAACGUCAUCGAGCAAAAUAAGCGACAACCUAGGCGGUAUAUAGCUUCUGAUACUUUAUUCGAUCAAUAGUUAUCGAUAAAUUUCAACGACUUAGAUACACAAUAUUUAUAAACUAGUAGUGAAAUAUAAAUAUAUAUAUUCGGCAACGCUGCGGACGUUUAUCUGGUUACUUUUGUCAAUGAGGAGACGUGCAUUUCGAGAAUAUGUUCCGCACGUGUUAAUGCCAACUAUUACUACGUAGACAUAAUAAAUUGUACAUAUUUGAAUGGGUACAGCGGUCGCACUGCCUGCCGGGGCGCGUGUCGGAUGCGAGCGUGACGUCACUGACAUGUAUAAAUGAAUACAAUGUAAAUACAUGCUGUGACUUUAUUGAGUGUUGAUUUUUUAAAUUAUAUUAUCAAAUUUAUUUUAUAAAUGUUUUUAUUCUCUUUUACUUAUAAUUAUGAUUGUUAUAUUAUAAAUAAUGUAAAAUUAUUGUCAUAUCUUGAAUGACCGAGGUUAUUAGUUGUUAUAAUUAUGUAUAUUAAAAAAAAUUGUAAAGGUAAAUCGAUCGGGGAAUUGAUUAAGUUAAUAAAAAUAAAACGAUUUCAAUGAGAUUAAUACAAAAUGUAAUAAUGAAACCAAUUGACACGAUUUGCAGUGCUUCACCACCCCGCAUUUACUUUAUUUAAAAAGCCUCUUAUACAUAAUAUUUAUUAAGCAAUUAAGAAACGAAAAAUAAUUUUAUUAAAUUAUAUAUAUUAUUAUGUAUAUGUGUAUUUCCUGUGUUUUGUAAACAAACGAUAAAUAAAAGUGAAAACUUGUAAAUUC